AUGCUUUCUGUAAUACUUCUGACCGCAUUUUCAGCUACUGUUCCUCUGGCAUCUGGUCAUGCUUCUAUUUGGCACUCAAGCAUGUGGGGCUUCAACGUCACGCAGCAGACAUUUUCCUAUGACAACCGUCCGGUUACACCUCUCAUGAAUUACAAUUUUGAGCAAUGGUGGUUCCACGGUCAUUUGGACUACCCUCCGAAUCCCGGCGACUUUUUCGAGCUUCCUGCGGGCCAGCCAGCUACUGCAGAAAUCGCGUGCGACAAGGGUGCCACGACAUGGUUUGCGUCUGCACCUGGCGGGAACAUUCAGAGCGGAAAUGAUCCGUGCCCCGGCUCGCCGCCUUCAGAGUACCACACGACUGGGCCGGACGACUUGAAAGGCUGCUCGCUGGCGAUCGCGUACAAGUCCAACGUGUCGGAGGUGCAGCCGGAGGAUUUUGUCGUCUUCAGCGUGAACCAGACUUGCGUCUGGAACCGUUUCACGGAUUUCCAGGUGCCUGCUGCGAUGCCACCCUGUCCAGAUGGAGGAUGCAUCUGCUCUUUCUUCUGGGUUCAUUCUGUUGAUAGCGGUAGCGAACAGAACUAUAUGAAUGGCUUCAGAUGCAAUGUGACUGGAUCGACCUCAAGCGUCGCACUCGCCAACCCCCAGCUUCCCCGGAGAUGCGGCGCUGAUCCAGACAACGGCAAACCGAAUGCAAGUCUAGGGAACUGUACCUACGGUGCCAAGGCACCCUUCUACUGGUUCCAGGCGGAACGGAACAACAUGUUCGAGGGCCAGUAUGCUCCGCCGUACUACGAUGACCUGUACAAUUUCCGCGAUGGUGCGCAGGACGACAUUUUCCAGAACUCAUACCCGAACGGCGUUCCCGCACCGAGCCCUAAUUCAACGAUCGUCCCAUCUCCGGUGCCCUUUGUCGCAGGCGCUGCUGCUGCUCCGAUAGCAGCUUCUUCCCUUGCAUCGCCGUCUGCAUCUUUAUCUUCCGCAGCUUCUGCAUCUUCCUCCCUGCCUGCAUCCGCAUCAUCGUCGGCGGCCGUAUCCGUAUCCUCGUCCGCGUUCACGUUCCCGUCUAAUUCUGCAUCCUUCGUGUCUGCAUCGGGAAGCAGCAACAGUGUGGCUCCUGCGAGUUCUGGCAAUAGUGCCGUGUCAGGCACUCUAGCCGCAUCUUCAUCCUUAUCGGUGUCCGUGUCGACAGCGACAGUGAUUAGCACCCUCGUAGUCACUGUCACGGCUCCUGCUUCUCCUUCAGUUUCAGCGUCUUCCUCCAACAUCUCUAAUUCAGAGCAAGCGAGCUCCUCGCAAGCAGUCUCUUCGUUCCAGUCAGCAUCGUCAUCGCGAUUGCCUUCAUCGGCGCUGUCAUCAGUCAUUUUGCUACCGCCUGCGCUGUCGUCCGCUAUACCGUUGUCGGCUGCUCAAUCGUCAGCUGUUCCAUCGGCGUCAGCGACAUCUUCAUCUCCAAUACUUUCUUCCGCAUUGUCUUCCACAUCAGCUCCAUCUAGCGUUCCUCCCGCUGUAACCACUAUUUUCCUCACCAAACCAGCCUUCUCUGCUUCUGCCUCAGCCUCAGCCUCUGCUUCAGCCUCCUCCUCAGCGUUUGCACCAGUGUCCGCGCCUGCAUCAGCAUCGGCCUCUACACCUGUAUCAUCUUCAUCAGUGUCUGCGCAGAAUACAACCGCCGCAACCCCUACAGAAUCAGGAGCAGCGAUGUUUGAGCUCGAUCACGACAAUGCUCUCUUUGCCGCCACCUCGUCCAGCGCUCCCGCGAUCAGCGCAACCGCGAACAUGUGUAAGCAGCAGUUCACGCGACGGAGCUUCCGUCGGCGGUCGCUCGACAACGAUGCCCCGCGGUCCCGCUUCCUUAGAAGCCGCCACAAGCGGCUGCACGAUAGAAGUAGUCUGUGGCAUAUAUUUUGA